AUGACUAUGGGUCUGACUAUGGUCAAAUUCAAUGAUGAUGCAACAAGGGAUCAUGUUCUAGAAAAUGGCAUUCUCCAAUUUGAUAGGAAGCCGGAUUUGGGGCUUCAAUAUUGGGGUAGUAAAUGUCUUAGUGCCCUAGUGAGUACAAUUGGCAAACCAAUAAUGGUGGACAAAUUCACAAGGGAGCGUUCACGUAUUCAGUAUGCAAGAAUUCUGGUAGAAAUGGAAGUUAUUGAUAACCCCCCUAGAAGUAUACAAUAUAUCAAUGAGCAUGGCCAAAUCAUGGAGCAGGGGGUUGAGUAUGAAUGGUUACCUAUUAAGUGUAAGACUUAUGCUGGUUUUGGUCACUCAAUGACAGACUGUAGGAAAGACCAGAAAACUCAGUGGGUUGUGAAGGAGCCUACAACUAAAACAGAGAGAAAGGAUCAGAGAACUGAAGGAAUUAAGGAUGUAGAGCUGGAGAAGCCUGCGACUCAGGCUAGUUCAGGCGAAGGCAAGGUUCAGGUCAACCCAGUCGAGACUUUACAACCUAACAGUGAGGAAUCAGCUGCUAAUGAUAAAGGUAAUCAGGCAAGCCAACCUUGGCUUACCCCGAAGCGAGUUGCUGCUCAAACCAAGGAUGGACAGAGUUCAGAAAUCAUUGCUAAAAACUCAGGUCAAAAGUACAAGAAAUCAAAUAAGUUUGUGGUGCUACAAGAGCAAGUGUUAAGUGGUAAAGAAGGUAACACUAAUUCUGUCUCCUCAAAUGGAUAA